ACGAACAAACCGUAAAUAUAAACAAUAAUAAAGGGAAACAAAUACAAUAUGAGCUGCUUUUCAGAGAAUACUUCUGACUCUGACUGGAAAGACACAAAAACGAAAGCGAAGCCAAAUGGAAAUGGAAAGCAAAAGUACAACCAGAAAUUUUGUGAGAAAUGGCUAAGUCUCUUUGAUCCAUGGAUAAAAAGAUCAGCUGAUGAUCCUGACAAGCCUUUCUGUCGCGCCUGUCAAUGCCGUCUUGACUGCAAUCGGUGUCACCUGGUGCGCCAUGAACGAACUACCAAACACAAAAGAAAUUUGGAAUCACUAAUUACCAAAGGCGAAGGGGCUGUACGCAAGGAGCUGAGCGUCCGACGCGAACGCAGCAAGUAUUAUCAUCAACGCAAACGAGCACUGCUGGCUCAGAAGCAAGAACAGCAAGCAGUGAUCAUUGCUCAAGAAGUGGAUAAUUUAAAUGAAGACAAGGUGACGCCAGCAUUAGUGAUAAAAUCAGAUAUAACUGUCGAGGACAGCGCCCACAUAACAUUGUUGAAUCACGAAGUGGAACAGCCCGAAGAUGCUGCUCCGAUUUCCGCGCAGGCUGGCUCAAUUGUAGCAAAGGCGACGCCAGAAACAAGCCCUCAACAUACAAGUGUCCAAUCCAAUAAAGAGGGGCUUAAGCUCUUGAUGCAAAUACACCAAGAUAAAAAUGAGCUUAUGGAAUCAUUUCGAGAGCUAAUUGGGACUCAAAUACCACAAGUGCCUACCCGAGAAAAGAAUCAUGUCGAUUUGUUUUUCGAUAGCGUAAGUUCGAGUGUCAAGGCGCUCUCGCCGAAGCUUAUAGCUGAAGCCAAGAUGCGAGUAUCGCAGCUUAUAUGUGAAUUGGAACUACGCGGCCUUACAGAAGACAGUGCCAAUGGCAAUAUCAGAUGCCAGGAGACAGCCAUGACCACAACAAACAACUAUGGCACACUUGCCUAAUAAACAAACGCCGGGUACAUUAUGCAAAUAUGUUAAAUAUAAAAAUU